AUGAGUGCUCGAGGCGGAAGCCGACCGCCUCUUCGAGGCCGCCCAAAUAAGGUGACGAAGCCCGCAGCCGGCCUCAAGCGCGACGCCCACGGCCGUGCCAGCCGACACUCCUCCGUUGCUGCCGACCAGCUCGAGCAGCUCGCCCACGAUGCGGAGGCCGAGGCCGAACACGAAGAUGACGACGAGAUAACUGCCCCUCCCCAGCAUCACCAACAUCAUCACCAGCAGCAACACCACCCGAAUCCCUUCGACCUCGCCGCCGCAGGCAUCCUAGCCAACGGUCCUCCCGGCACAGUACCCGGUGCUGACCCCGAUAUCCACCCCGACCUACACAGCCUGCCGGCCCAGUUCGCCAUGGAAGCCCAGAUGGGCGCUCAUGGCCCCGGUGCCAUGUCGAGAACGGCGGAAGACCUCGCCUCCGAGAGUGGGUACGGUCAGCUACUCAUCGACAGUGCCCUCGCCAAGCGACUGGCCAACAACGAAGGAGAGCGUCUCGCAGUACAGCGCCGCCAGGAUCAAACUCUGAAUCUCAAGAGAAGGAGCAACGUCGAAGCACUACUGGCUCACGUGUCGGGACAGGAAGCUCAUAGUCCCUGCAAGAGCUGCCACAAGGGAUACGGACCCUGGAACGGAUGUGUGGUCGUUAGUGGCCAGAUGUGUGGUAGCUGCGCCAACUGCUGGUUCAACGCAAGCGGCUCCCGCUGCUCUUUCCACGAGAAUAAUCUUCCACAGCACAUGCCAGCCAUCCAGCUGCAGCCUGUGCCACAGGUGUCAGCGAAUACAAGCUUUGCCGGCACAGCGCCGAUGGCUCCCGGCAUGGCCCCCGCAGGCCCCAGCUUCGGGCAGCCAGGUGCCGACCCGACCGUGGCCCAUUUUGUGAAAGAUGUGCUGGAUAGAGCCAUGGCGGAGGCACGGAGCGAUAACCCCCACGUGCGAUUCCAGCUCCGGAUCGAAACGGCGGCGCGGCAGCUAGCAUUGGCUAGUGCCGAGUACGCCGAGUUUCUCGGCCAGCAGGGGGGUCAUGAUCCGAGUCAGCAUCCCGAUGCUGAGGGUUCCGUUCCGGAGGCGGCGAUGGGGGACGGGGACAACGGGGCGUGA